UUGUCAAAGUACAGCCCUACGUUCUUCGGCUCCGAACAUUCACAGGUGUUAUCGGGACACCUGCUUCACUCCAGCCUGCCGGGCCUGACGCGGAUGGAGCAGAUGUCUCUGAUGGCUCUAGCGGACACCAUCGCUUCCACCAGCACCCACAUUGGAGAAAGCCAAGGCAAAGGCCAAAGUGGAGAGACGCUGGAUGAAUGUGGACUGAAGUUCCUGCUAGCCGUUCGCCUGCACUCCUUCCUCCUCACGUCUCUGCCUCCGGCUCAUCGCGCUCCGCUGCUCUGUCAAGGACUGUCCACCUGCCAUUACGCCUGGGCGUUCCACUCCGAGGCCGAAGAGGAGCUGCUCAACAUGCUUCCGGCCCUGCAGAAAGGAGAGCCCACGUGGCCUGAGCUGAGAGCCAUGGGCAUGGGCUGGUGGCUCAGGAGCACCAACAAGCUUCGCAGAUGCAUUGAGAAGGUAGCAAAAGCUGCUUAUCAGAGAAACAACGACCCGUUAGAUGCAGCCUUGUUUUAUCUGGCCAUGAAGAAGAAAGCUGUGGUCUGGGGAUUGUACAGGUCCCACCAUAACGUGAAGAUGACAGCAUUCUUCAGCAAUAACUUCAGUGAAGACCGCUGGAGGAAGGCAGCGCUGAAGAACGCUUUCUCUCUGCUCGGAAAGCAACGUUUCCAACAUUCAGCGGCUUUCUUUCUGCUGGCUGGAUCCCUGAAAGAUGCUGUUGAGGUUUGUAUAGAGAAGAUGCAGGACCUUCAGCUGGCUCUGGUGGUCUGUCGGCUGUAUGAGUCUGAGUUCGAGAUGUCCUGCAGCUACAAGCGAAUCCUGCAGAGGCAUGUGUUGGGUCAGGACCAGCAGAUCGCGGCCCAUCAGGACCCUUUCUUACGCAGCAUGGCGUACUGGGUCUUAGAUGACUACAGCAGGGCUUUGGACACGCUGCUCGAGCCCAAUGCAGACACGUCACAUGAAGGAAGCGCCGGAUCGUCUCCCAGUAGUCCUGAUGUUUUUAACUUCUACACCUACCUCCGCACGCACCCGCUGCUGCUGCGCCGUCACUUCGGCUCCUGUGAUAAAGCUAAAGUGGGUCUGACCGCUGAAGGCCGCACCGUCGACUCCAUCAGCCUCACAGAGAGGAGGCUCUUCUUCACCGCCGCUUAUGCACACUUACAGGCCGGCUGCCCCAUGCUGGCUUUAGAGGUGCUCUCCAAAAUGCCCAAAGUCGUGAAGCGCUCACAGGCACGAGAGAAUUCGCCUGAGACGUCGAGCGAGCACAAAGACCAAGCCUCGGCUCCGUGGCCGGUUCUCAACGGCUUGGAGUCGGUGUCUUCGCUCUUGUCUCCCAGAGAGGACAGCCAGUCGGACUCGGUGCUCAGUUUAGACUGGAGCCAGCCGUCUGUCACCCUGCAGGACGAGCCUCUGGAGUUCAAGUGGGACAGCGAUAAAGACGACCCGGACGAGGAAGAAUCAGGCCUGGCAAUGAAGAGCAUCCAUCCGGAGAAAGACGACGGCGCUCCGGAAGCGACAUCCACCCCCAGGGGUCACGGGUCAGACGAUUCGCCCACAAUGACCGAGGACAUCCUCGCCGCGCAGCUGAAGUUCAGCUCCUGUCUGAAGAUCCUCACCACGGAGCUGCGGACGCUGUCCACGGGAUACGAGCUGGACGGAGGGAAGCUGCGGCAUCAGCUGUGUCACUGGCUGGAGCGAGCUGUGGCGGCGCUGCAGAGAUGCUGCGGGUACAACCCCUUCCUCCAGCACCUGCCCGAGGGCAUCUCGGCCGACCUGAGCCAGGUGGAGGAUCUGGAGGAGCGGGGCGCGGCGGAGCAGGCCCGAGAGCUGCAGCACCGGCGCAGACUGUGGCUGAAGAGGAACCAGCCGCUGCUGCGCAUCUUCCUGAGCUACUGCAGCCUACACGGCUCUCACGGAGGAGGACUGGCCUCCGUCAGGAUGGAGCUCAUUCUGCUGCUGCAGGAGUCCCAGCAGGACGACAGUCUGCAGAUCUCCACUCCCGAUCCGCAGCACCUGUCUGUUCCUCUUUUCCUGGCGUGGACCGCCAGCUCCAAAACAGUGGUGGCCAAUCCCAUAGUGCACCUGACCAACCUCACGCAUGACAUACUGCACACCAUCAACGCUCUGGACGCGCCUCCGCACCCGGAUGUCGUCAGCAACGAGAUCUAUGUGAUGCACACGCUAGCCGCUUCCCUCUCCGCCUGCAUCUAUCAGUGUCUCUGUGAUGGACACAGCUACAGCCAUGUGAAUCCGUUCACGGGCAUCACCUACCAGAGCGUCCUGCUUACCCAUCAGCCCCCGGUGAGGAGCGUCAGCAUCGAGGAGGCCAUCCUGCCCAACACCUCUCCUGCGCAGUGGCCUGGUGUGAGCGUCCUGAUGCGGCUGCUGAGCGCGUCCGGAGACGAGAACCAGCCCGGUCUGCCUGUGCUCCUGUGUGAGAUCCUGACCGCCGUCUUCCUCAGCCUCUUCGUCCACGGUCUGGCCACUCACUCCAGCCACGAGCUCUUCUGCAUCGUCGCUCACCCGCUCAACAGCAGGCUGUGGGUGUCUGUGUUCGGCGGUGGCGCUCGUGUUCCUGUGCCGGAGAAGCCCAGCGCACACACAGUGGAAGAUGUGGAGCGGAAGCAGCGGCGUUCCCGGCUGAGCUCAUCACGCAGUAACUCCAGAGACGUUCCCGACAGUCCCAGACCCGUGGUGAUGGAGCCGGACACAUCCGUCUGUAAAGAGCGUUUCGUGCCGCCUGAGCUCAGCAUCUGGGAUUAUUUAAUCGCAAAGCCAUACCUGCCUCCGUCUGCCAGCCGAGUGGAGUACGACUCUGAGGAGAGCCAGGGCAGUGAGGACGAGGAGGAUGAUGACGAAGGAGAUCCCAGCUCUCCGCUGGCAGAGCAUUCCAGCAAUAGCUCGUACAGCUGGUGUCUGAUGCGCUUGGCCAUGGUGCAGAUGGUUCUGUUCAACCUCAAGACCUUCUACCCGAUGGCGGGUCACGACCUCUUAGAUCUGCCCGUGUGCUCGCCGCUCUGUCACGCCGCUCUCAAGACGCUCCAGCGCUGGGAGCAGCUGCUUCUCAAGAGGCUGGAGAUUUCCGGAGGUCCUCCGUCGAGGUUCAUCUGCACGCAGCUGCUGGAGGAGAGCGUGUCGUCGGGUCCGGCUCUGCUGAGGCACAAAGCACUGUUCGAGCCCUCCAACACACCCUUCAGGUCUCGCCGGCGCUCCGCUCUUCCCGUCAGACGGCUGUGGCAGUAUCUGGUCAAACAGGAGGAGGUUCAGGAGAUGUUCAUACGCAACAUCUUCACCAAGAAACGCGAUCCGAACGAGGAGACUGAUGGUGUGCCGCUGGACUCCACACACAACCAGAUCGAGGCCGACCUGGGGUUUCCUGGAGGAAAGGCUCGCAUCAUCCAUAAGGAGUCUGACAUCAUCACGGCGUUCGCCAUCAAUAAGGCCAAUCGCAACUGUUUAGUGAUCGCCUCCAGCCACGACAUCCAGGAGCUGGAUGUGUCCUACAUCCUCGCCUCGCAGAUCCUGACCUGGGUCGAUGAUGAGAACGAGGCCGAGGUCAAAGGGACGGAUGACUUCCUGGUGGUUCACGCUCGGGACGACUUCAGCGUGCUUCACGGCAGCACACCCUACACCCACAGCAGCCCCGGGACACCCAUCAACAUGCCCUGGCUGGGGGGCCUGCAGACGGGCCGAGGAGCCGCCGUACUCAUCAAACGCAACAUCAACAACGUGAGGCGGAUGACGUCACACCCCACGCUGCCCUACUAUCUGACCGGAGCUCAGGACGGCAGCGUGCGCAUGUUUGAGUGGGGUCACUCACAGCAGAUCACCUGCUUCAGGAGCCCCGGAAACUCCAGGGUCACCAGGAUACACUUCAAUUAUCAGGGCAAUAAGUUCGGGAUCGUGGAUGCAGACGGAGCGCUCAGUCUCUGGCAGACCAGCACCUCAGGAAACGCUCCCAAACCCUAUCUGACGCUUCAGUGUCACAAUAAGACGGCGAAUGACUUUGUGUUUGUGGGCUCGUCGUCUCUCAUCGCCACCGCAGGCCUGUCCACAGACAACAGGAACGUGUGUCUGUGGGAUACUCUGGUCACGCCAGCAUACAGUCUGGUUCACGGCUUCAGCUGUCACGAGUCCGGCUCCACGGUUCUAGCUCUGGCAUCUAAACAGCAGCUGCUGCUCAGCGGAGGCCGGAAGGGCUGCAUCAGUGUUCUGGACCUCAGUCUGAAGAUCCAGCGCCAGAGUUUCCAGGCGCACGACUCGGCCGUCAAAGCACUGGCCGUCGACGCCAGCGAGAGCUGCUUCAUGAGCGGAUCGGCCGAGGGCAACAUCAAGGUAUGA